GCGACGGCGGCGGCGGCGGCGGCGAUAGCGACAGCACGAGUAAACAGAGGAUCAGCUGAUGAGGCACAACACAAGAAGCAGUUGAACGUGGUGGAAGGUGCAGCUUAUUAUCGAAGCGCAGGUCAACCGCCGCGCGUUAGUUGGUUAUGGCGACGAGCAGCUCCGACGGCUCAUGCACUGCACCUGCGGAUUUUCAGCUAUCUUCCGAGCUGGAAGAUACAUCCAAUCGCUUGAGCGCGAAUCUGCUCAAGUGUCCGUUGUGCCACAGCAGCCGUCGGAUCUUUCACUGUCGCCAGUGCAUCCAGAACGGCGAUUUCACGCACUCGAACGCUGUUUACUCGGAACGGUUCGCGGACAAGCAGAUGCGGUUGCUACGGCUGAAAGCCGCUCGAGCUCAGCUGGAGGAGAAGUGCGUGAAGGCUCUCGAAAGACGCAAGCAAAAGGAUAAAUUGAUAUGUGAUAUAAAUAUUUGCAAAGAAAGAGUGAGACUCCUUCAAACCUUGGUGCAUGAAACGAAACAGAGCAUAUUCAAAGGUGACCAGUGUUUGAACAUUUUAAAAGAUAACAACUCGCAGUUAAUUCAGCGUUUGCCAAGGCACGAGGAGAGAGUAGAGAAGUUGCAUUAUAUCGUUAGUGGCCUAAAGGUAAAGCGAGAGAAGCAGCAAGAGGCGGUGGAUAGAAAGAGAGAGCAACUCAAGAAUGUUAUCAGAACUGCUGUGAGCCAAUUAAUUCAAUACAUCUUUCCGUUAUCUCGGGUCCAGCCAAAUAGAAGUUUGUGCAGCAGCGAGGAGAGCGACAGUACAACCUCGGAUAUUGUUACCUCCGCAUUAGCAGAAGCAUCGGGUACAUCGUAUGUCCGGGGUAGAUGGAUCAGUGACAAAGAAAAUUCGUCGGAGAUCCGUCAUUGUAUAGUCGAGCCAACGUUGCCAGGGACGGGAGAUUACAGCGCUUACUCUCAUUGGGUCGCAGCAAAUAAAGACGGCGUGCCAGGUGCAAACAAAGAAAAUGCGAUGCACAAUCCAGCGUACAAUAUCAGCGCUGGUUUAUCUUUCACUACACAACUGGUUAAUGUUAUUGCUUCUUUUGUUAACGUAAGGCUACCGUACAAACUUACUUGUGGGGAGUUCGGACACGAAAUGUCGGAUCAAAAAUUCGCCAGGAAAGUGGCAAGGCUAAAUAGCAACGUAUUACACUUAUGCUUUACGCAAAAUACCGACACAAGAGUUUUACAUCCGAUGCAUACGUUGCAAAAUCUGAUGCAUCUGCUCAAUACUGAAAUUAGUGACUUAGGAAGAAUCGGACCAAUGGAAGCUGAUCCGGCUAUAAUAGCGCAACUUCACAAUCAAUUGAUCCCUGAUUUGGAAAAUAGCGACGAUUCCGGCUCCGACGAGGAGGAAGAUGCGUGCGCAGGGUGGGAAGCGGUGCCGAAUAUCGCUUGUCCCGAGAUGACAGUACCUAUUCCUAGCGCAAUGGCUACUCAGCAGUCCUCUGCUAUGCAGCAAGUGCAUCAGAGUGUCGCCGGCGGUUUGGUAACAAGUGCAGCAGCCAGUAUCGCUUCGAUCUGGCGAGGUUGGACCAACAAAUAACUUUUUCCUUACGAAUGACUCGUUUGCGGCUUCAGUUGAUCACAGAGAUUCGCUGCGUAUCUCGAGUUCUUCAAAUCGAAGAGUGAAAAGCUCGUAAAGACGCCUCGAGGCAAACGUGAUGUGUAACAGAGGUAUUUACGUUUUAUACAAUAAUAUUUGCGUGACUUUGCGGGAGAGAGUACGAAUAUAUAUAUACACGACUUUCUUGACUUUUACGCAACACGUGACAUUCAAAGUAGUUCAAAUGUACGCUGUGACAGAUUUCAUUAAAUCUAAUAUUUAACUUAAUUGAACUAAAGUAAAUAGAGAGAAAGAGAGAGAGAGAGAGAG